ACAAGGGCAUCAAAGAUCUCCCUCCUUCCAUGAAUUCACGGUUUGAAAAAGACGACUUCUUGAAGACAUUGUCCACUUACUGGUGACGUUUGGAAUUCAAGACCAUGUCUGAGCAUCCGACGUCGACACAAAGCCUGGCAACAGUUGGGCUGGAGAAUUUGUCCCCAUGGCACUUUGAGGUUUUGCAACAGGCCUUGUGGACAAUCCUCUCCACGGACCUGGCCACAGAGACAUUUGCCCAAGUUGUUGACGGCCGUCCCACGCGUGAUGUCUAUCAAGACUACGUCUAUGAGUUUCGCAAAAGCUUCCACAACAAUAUUCAUCCAAGUGAUGCAGCUCUGGAGGCAGUUGAGUUGUGCCGUCGAAAUCUGGAUCUUGGUAGUCUUCAAAUCAGUGCAAAGAUUGCGCAAGCAUUCCAAAAUGCUACCCCUGGCUCAAGAGAAUUCCACUUACGUCUUAUUGAGAUCCUUGCUGUCCUCUGUCAUGGCAUUGCUGUUCACUUGUAUCAGGCUUAUGAUGGAGGCUUUCAUAAACCAGAGCCCCCCGACCCCAUAGUAUGGCCUGAUGAACUGCUUUGGCCCAACAUGCCACCCCCACCACCCCUUAAAGCUCUGCCAGCGGAGCUUUUCCAUCAUUCUUAUGAUUUCUGGCAGCAAUAUCCUAACGGAAUUGCCGAUAUUGUCGGUUACUGGGCGGAAUAUCGUCUGUUCGGGGGGGUUGUUUUGUUUGAUCGUGGGAAGAUGGGGCACGAAUGCAAGGAUAUCUUUAUCCACCCAGUGGGCGGGUACAUGAUCUUCCAACUCUCAGAAGCUCAGGUGCACGCCUACAUCAGAUUCCUGCAGGACGGGCAGCAGCCUCCAGGCGGCAUUCGCUUCAAGGCAGAAGAAUAUGCACGUCGUGUUGAUGAAAACUAUGCCAUGGACAUGAACAUUUAUCGCGACAGGUAUGAACGGAUUAUACCUCAGAGGCGGGCCCGUUGUGUUAUCCGCGGUGAGGAUCUUCCAGGAUAUGCACAAGCCAUGGAAGAUUGGGCUAGGCGAACUGGAAAUUGAGAAUAUUAGGCGGAAGAUAGGAGUGAAUUUGCGUAAAUUAUUAUGUGGGCGCCUGUUUCUUGUCUGUUGUACAUUGCAUGCGAAUUUCUAUUAUCCGUCGUAGCCAAAAAUCUGUCGGUCUGUCUGUUUCGUGGGCUGGGUGGGGAAUAAGAGAGAAAGAACGAGGGCAUCAUCUACCUAUCUACAUGUGAGAAGGGUGUAAGCUAAUUUCGAGGUGAUCAA